GGAGAAAAGUCCUGAUAGUGUAUGCACAUCAAGAGCCCAAGUCUGAACGGAUCUUUGAAAAGGGUUGCUGUGGAAGAAUUGAGCAAGCAGGGCUGCAGUGUCACGGUGUCUGAUUUAUAUGCAAUGCAGUUCGAGCCGAGAGCAACAAGAAAUGACAUUGUUGGUUGCUUGCACAACUCAGAAGAGUUCAAUUAUGGCACGGAGACAUGGGAAGCUUACAAGAGAGGAGGUUUGUCCAGUGACCUGACUGAAGAGCAAAGGAAGGUGAAGGAAGCAGACUUACUGAUCUUUCAGUUUCCCUUGUAUUGGUUCAGCAUGCCAGCAAUCAUGAAGGGCUGGAUGGACAGAGUCUUGGUCCAAGGAUUUGCUCACGAAUUUCCAAACUGCUAUGAUUCCGGUUUACUCAAGAACAAAUUAGCCCUGUUUUCUUUCACCACUGGAGGAAGCAGAGAGAUGUUUGCAAAAGGAGGUAUCAGUGGCGAUAUUCGCUAUCUCCUGUGGCCUAUGCAGCAUGGAAUCAUGCACUUCUGUGGUGUCAGAGUCCUCGCACCACACAUCUGCUUUGCUCCAGAAUACGCCUCUGAGGAGAAGAGGAAGGAGAUGCUGAUUGCCUGGGCGCAGCGUCUGAAGACUCUUUGGGAGGAAGAACCCAUAAACUGCUCUCCCGAGUGGUAUUUCAAGUAAUGUUCAGGUACGAGACUACAGAGGGAAGAUUAUUUUUCCUCCAUUCUUUUUGAUGCUUUAUCUCCACAUCUGAAUGUUAAUCUUCUAAACUGAAUGUAUUACAAGUAUCUUGAGUGUUACAGCUAGCAGCUUAACUGACAAUACAGCAUUUAUCGUCUUGAUU